AUGACUGAAUUGGAGCCAGUUGGGACCAAGCAGAAGAGUCCUCGAAAAAAUCGGCGAAAAAGGAGACGUUCAGAAUCAACAAGUUCAGAAGAGGAAUGGCUCAGCAGUGGUGAAAGUAUCCAUGGAGAUAAGAUUUCUGAAGAUCAGGAAGAACAACAAUUUGCUAGCGGGCCUUGGACGUAUGACCUUGAUGUUGUACUCGUAAAGAAAGAGUUCGAAAUCGAAGAUAUGUGUCGAGAAAUGAAUGCUUCCGAUUUUACAAUUGAAUAUGUGCAAGAAAACGGUUUGGAAGAGCCUCUAUUGUUCAGAGAUUCACUGAGCUCACUCGGAAUGAAGAUGCCAAAGGAUGGGACCCUUACUGUGCGAUGUGUGCUGAAAGCAGUUGGUGAUCGUUUGGUUGAAGUGGUUGAUGUGAUGACACAAGGUAGCCGGCAAAUGAUGCUCAGUGAUUUUGUUGAUUAUUACGAAUCUCCAUCAGGAGAACGAAAGGAUCUGCUUAACUUACUUUCACUUGAAUUUUCUCUCACGUCGCUUUCGAAAAGAGUACGAGGACCAACGUUAGCACAAGAAAUCGAUUGGGUUGAGCUAUAUUGGCCAAAAGAUUUACGGAACUCCCCAUCUACUUAUCCUAAAGUUCAGAAUUAUUGCUUAAUGAGUGUCAAAAGAUCGUUCACUGAUUUCCAUAUUGAUUUCGGUGGCACGUCAGUUUGGUACCACGUUUAUAAAGGAAGAAAGAUUUUCUGGGUUAUUGAACCUACGGAAAAAAAUAUACUGAAGUACGAAAAGUGGAUAUUAGAAGGGUCGCAACAUGAAGCAUUUUUUGGUGAUCUUGUUGAUAAAUGCGCUAGAAUCGAAUUGUAUGAGGGUUACACCUUCAUUAUUCCAUCAGGCUGGAUUCAUGCUGUGUAUACUCCAGAGGACAGCUUAGUUUUUGGCGGAAACUUUCUUCACAGUUUUUCUAUUCCAAUGCAGUUACGAAUCAUCCGUUCUGAAAAUAUUCUGAUGAUUAAAGAUAAAUACCGUUAUCCAAAUUACAUGGAAAUGGUAUGGUAUGUGAUAGAAAAUAUUGUUAAAAAAGCAACCGGUCGCAUCUACAAAAUUAAUAAAACGGACGAGAGUAUGUCAAGCAGUAGUGAUCAGAAAGUCGAUAGCAAUACCUUAGAAGUAAAAGCCGAUGCUAACGCUGAUGGCAUUGUAAUGCAUGUGGAUAAUAUAGCAAAAAGUGCUGCAAGCAUAAAAAAAGAAGAAAGCGAAGAUAUUGUCACAUACGAAGGAAAUAUACCAGUAGGAAUAAAGGAGGACAUCAUGGACUCAGCUGCAGUGCAGGUCAAAUCGUCAUAUAAAGCAGAAGAAAGCAGUUUGAUAUAUAAUGACGAGUAUCUCGCAACAAUCAGCAAAAAGGAACGCGAAGGGUUUAAAUUGUUGUUGGUUUAUAUGCGAGAGAUUGUUGAGAAUCAUAGAAACUCGACAGAUCAGAAAAAGGAUAAUUUGCUGGAUAUUUUUGAAAAAGUGUUAAGUCAUGAAGUUCCCGAACAUUUUCUAGUCGAAAGGGAAAAAAAGAAGAGUGUUGAACAACAAAUUUCACCUAAGUUCAACCAAUGGUUGAAAGCUUUUGGGAAAAAUAAAUUGCCUACAGCCAAACGAAAAGUACCUCCGAUGGAAAAAGCUAUCGAAAUGCAACAGUUUGUGAGGCCUAAGCCACCGAAAUCAAAAGUUAAAAGCAACAAGAAGCCGGAUUGUCAUAAACCUGAUGGACCACUAAUUGUGGGUGGCAUUCCGCCAGCUAUUAUGCCAGCUGAUGCACCUCAAGCGCCUAACCCAUAUGGCUAUGAUCCUUUGGCUUCUGUCACUCCAUUAGGGCACAAACAACUGCCUUCUGCUUAUAGGCGUACACCUGAUAUGGCAAAGGCCCCGCCGAGCCAGAAAUUCCGUCUCCAGCCUCAAUUGCACAAAGUUGUCGUAGCGACAUCCAAAAAAAUGGAAGCAGUACCUGAAAAAACUUCAGAUAAGUUGUGGCCAACAAGUGUUGCUUCAGCACCUGGAUCUUCAAAUGAUAAUAAAUCAGUAGAAUGUGAAGAAAAAAUUAUAACUAUUGCACAGGCUGAAGCGACGCGAUCUCAUCGCGAUCGAGACAAAGAUAAUCAGCGUGAAAAUCGUCAUGCUGUAAAAGAAGAAUAUCCAGAGUUACAAUAUCGAUCACCUCUAGUACGGCCCGGUCCAAGUAAUAAGGGAACAAACACGGUUUCGAAACUUGUCCGUAAUUCAUAUCGGGAUAAGACUUUUAAACGACGAUAUACUGAUUCAUCUUCGGCUGCUGAUUGCUGGUCAACUGGAAGCAGAGGCACGAGACGUACAAGUGACUGCGAUUCAAAGAAAAAUGAAUAUUCAACUUCUUGGCGCCCGGAAACAGAUCGUAAAUCUAAUUCUGCAGAUACGUCUGGUAUUUUUUCACGAUUAUUUGCUCCUUCUUGGCCUGGGGAAAAAUCAGCUGACGUUCGACAUUAUUCAGUGCCUGGUGAUCCUCGUCUUCCAUCUGCGGAAGGUUUUGGAUUAUCAAAAUGGUCACCCAAUACUAAAGUUGUACAUCUUAAAGAUCAUGAAAAAGGCAGAGACCUUCCGAUUGUUCAGCCGACACAAAUUAAACAGGGUUUGAGUACCAACAUGAAUAUUUCACCGUCAGGGUGUCAAAAAAUGCCCUGUCCAGUCGGCCUUGUUGGAAGCUUACAAUAUGUUCCGCUACUGAAUCGUGAACGAAAUCCCACUCCAGCAUCAAUUUCUGAUACUGACAUAUCGACGCAGUAUGCCCUCGAAAGUGAUCAUGAAUCUCAUGGGAAUGCAGUGGCUAAACCCGUGAAGUCUGCAAAGGAAAUUAAAAAACCUGAAAUUCGCGAUCUUUCAGUCACAUUGAAUGAAGACAAAGAAGUUGGUGCAGAAAUUAUGACAGCGGCUGAAGAAUUGGCAGAAUUGACUAAGGUAUUUGAUGCAGAUGAGCGAGAUCCCGAGAAAGAAAAGACUGAAGCCUCGAUGGUUUGUUGCUCAUUAUCAAAUUAUCAUUAUUAUUCUACUGUUUUGAUUUGCAUAUCUUUACUAAGAAAGAGAGGAUUGGAGUCUUGA